GCUUGACAGCAAAUUUUGAAAUCAGUUCCAGAAAUUAACAGGAGUGACACAUACCAAGUAGUACUGGCUUGUUGUGAAGAGAUUUUACAGGAUGAUUAUGGAGAUUGUCCUGAAUGGAAAUGUAUACUUUGGCAGUGUCAAAGGAAAGACUCCUCAUGGCAGGGGUAAAUAUACAUGGUCAGAUGGUACAGUUUAUGAUGGUCAAUGGGAAGAAGGGAAAAUAACCGGGGGUGGACGGAUGACUUGGCCGUCUGGAGCAUGUUACGAGGGUGAUUUUUCAGGCGGGUACCUUGAUGGUUUUGGGACAAUGAAUAAACCAGAUGGGUCAACAUAUGUCGGGUCCUGGAGGAUGAACAAGCCGCAUGGACUUGGAAGAAAGCGGUAUAGUAAUUCCGAUAUUUAUGAUGGUGCUUGGAAAGAGGGCGCAUAUUAUGGUAGUGGUAAGUAUGCUUGGUGUAAUGGUAACAUCUAUAUUGGAAACUGGAAAGAUGGGCUGAUGUGUGGUAGAGGCGUGAUGAAAUGGGUCAACGGUGAUCUGUUUGAUGGUUAUUGGUCAAACGGGUAUAGACAAGGGUCAGGCGUUUAUAGGUUUGCAGAUGGUAGUUACUAUUUUGGGAUGUGGACCAAAGGCCUAAAAGAUGGACAGGGAACGUUCUAUUCUGUAGGAAACCGAUCUCAAUCAUUAAGAAGAUUAGGCAAAAAGAAAACCCGUAUAUCUCCUAAUUCAUCCUUUAAAUCAGAGAGGUUCAAGGAUAUGAAACGAGUGAUAAGCCGUAGUCUUUCUGAGAAAAUAACCAUUAAUGGGUUAUUCAAAGACUCGGGUCGGAUAUCAAGCAAGAGUGUAUCUCUGGAAGAAGAAUGUAGCAUUGGGGAUUCUGCUAGGGAGCUAUCUACCUUAGAUAAUACUGACAUAUUAUCUCAUAGCUCUGAUGAAGGAGUAAGUCAAAUAGAUGAUGAUAAUACUUUAGUCUGUGAAAGGGAAUAUAUACAAGGAGUUCUGAUUAAAGAAUUGACUAAUAAUAACGUAGGUUCAUCACACAAAAGGGAACAGCAACGAAAAUUUCAUAUGAAUGAAGUGAAAAAGAAACCAUCGGCAGACAUUUUUAAAGGUCAUAGCAGCUACUAUCUGAUGCUUAAUCUGCAAGCAGGUAUCAGGUACACAGUUGGAAAAAUUACACCAGUUCCUGUGCGUGAAGUGAGACAGUCAGAUUUUGGAGAACGGGCAAGAAUAAAGAUGUAUUUCCCUAGGAAGGGCUCACAAUUGACACCUCCACACUCUUCAAUCGAUUUCCAUUGGAAAGACUUUUGUCCGAUGGUCUUCAGGAAUUUGAGGGAGAUGUUCAAGUUAGAUGCUGCAGAUUAUAUGAUGUCUAUAUGUGGGGAUAAUGGUUUAAGAGAGCUUUCUUCUCCGGGGAAAAGUGGCAGCCUUUUCUAUCUAUCACACGAUGACAAAUUCUUUAUAAAAACUUUAAGAGCAUCCGAGCUCAAGGUUUUACUGAAGAUGCUUCCAAGCUAUUACAAUCAUGUAAGCGCGCACGAUGCCACUCUGAUCACUAAAUUCUAUGGCCUUCAUGAGAUAAGACUCAGAGUUGGCAAAAAGGUGCAAUUUGUGGUCAUGGGAAAUAUGUUCUAUACAGAGCUACGGAUACAUCGUCGUUAUGAUUUGAAGGGUUCUUAUCAAGGAAGAAGUACAAAUAAGGAUGACAUUAAAGACGGUACCACAUUAAAAGAUCUUGAUCUUGCUUAUGAUUUCCAUAUGGACAAGUCAUUGCGUGAUGCACUUUUCAAACAAAUCUACCUAGACUGUGCGUUUUUAGAAUCUCAGCAGAUUAUAGAUUAUAGCCUUCUUUUGGGAUUGCAUUUUAGAGCUCCCGAGCAUUUAAAGGCUCUCUUAGAACCACCGGAUGCAUUCCACAGACCUCAGAAAACUCAUGAUGACGAUGGCUCAACAAGUCAUGUGGAUCUUUCGAUUCCUCCAAAGGGACUUCUCUUAGUGACGCAUGAACCGAGUUCUGUAAACACUGCACCAGGUCCACACAGUAGAGGAAGUACCUUGAAAGCGUCUUCGUUAGGGGACAAAGAAGCCGAUGUCCUUCUUCCUGGUACUGGAAGGUUACGGGUGCAAUUAGGCGUAAACAUGCCAGCUCAGGCAAACCAUAAGGUCUCACAGAUGAUUUCAAGUUCCUCGGAAGCAGAACUUUAUGAGGUUUAUGAAGUUGUUCUCUACCUCGGUAUAAUUGAUAUACUACAAGAAUACAACACCAAAAAGAAAAUUGAGCAUGCAUAUAAGUCAGUGCGUCACGAUCCCAUGUCCAUAUCCGUUGCAGAUCCGAAGUUUUACUCCAAACGGUUCUACAAGUUUCUGGAGAGGGUUUUUCCUGCCGAUACUUAAAAGUUUCAACGUUCAUUAUACGCUAAAUUCAUCAAUGUAGCACUUGUAAUAAUAUCCAUAUCUACAAAUCCUUAUGUUAAAUUUGUAUAGCUAUUUUUAUAGUAUAGUAUAUAUAUCAUAUCAAGACAUUUAGCUA